ACAGGAGGUUGUAAAACAAAAACUCCACUCCAUUCUUACCUUCCUACAGCUGCCACUAUAUCCUGUUACAGUUAAAACAAAGCCAUGGACCCUGAGUAUUUCCAAUCUUAUGAGAUGUGCUGGGGCACCCUGGGAACGGUGCGACCCUUCGCCAAUUUCCACUCUGACCUGGAUGCCAUGGAGAUCCAGAAAGCGUUGGAAAUGAAAGAUGCAGGGACUCUGGUGAGAAUCUUGACCAAUCGGACCAACACUCAGAGACAAGAGAUCGCCAAGGCCUUUGAGGAAAUGACACACAAGGACCUGGCAGCGGCUCUGAAGAAGGCUCUGUCUGGAGAGCUGGAGGUCCUCCUGUUGGAGCUGCUGAUGCCUCCUCUGCAGUACGAGGCCUAUCGCCUGCAACAGGCCAUGGUGGGUAUAGGAACAGAUGAGGAAACACUACUGGAGAUCCUGUGUACACAUUCUGGGAUGGAGCUCCAAGAAAUCAGUGCUGCAUACAAAGAAAUUUAUAAGAAGGACCUGGAUAAGGAACUGAAAGGAGAAACCAGUGGAGACUUUUACAAGCUUCUCGUGGCUUUGUUGAAUAAAGACGAGGUUCCUGGUGGGGUUCGAAGAGAUAUUGAGGCUCUCUCUGCCACACUGAAUGUGAAAAAAGCUGAGGCAGGACCGUGGAUUGACAUACUGACCUCUCGAGACUCGGACCAUCUGAACAAAGUGCUGAUGGGACUGGAGCUGGACAUCGGGCAGAUGGUGGAUCAGACUCUGGAGAAAAAGUUUUCGGGAGACAUCCGACUGGGUUUGAAAGUUUUAGUGGAGUGCAUUCAAAGCCCUGAGGGCUACCUCGCUAAGAGACUAACUGCCACCAAGACACCCAUAUUGCAGGGGAUAAUGGUGUCUCACUCUGAGGAGGAUCUGCUGUGUAUCAGAACAGCCUACCUCAAAUUAACAGGCACGUCCCUCUACACCGCUCUACAGAAACAGUUCAAAGGAGAUCAUCUACAGGCUCUGCUGGCCAUCUGUCGAUCUGAAGAUUAAACAUAAACUACAGCAUUUUUUUUAAUUUCAUUUGCAUACUGUAGUUACCCCCCCCCCCCCCUGAAUCAGUACAUGGCAAUGUAAAAAUAAACUUGAUACUUUAUUGCAUCUUUACAAUUUAGUUGAAUCUCAUUUAAUUGCAUGAUUUGCUUAUGCUUUUUAAAUGGUGUAUAAAUGCAAAUUAAUGUAUUAUUUUUACGUUUGGUUAUUUGCUUUUAUUUCUUUGUACUGUAUAUCUGCCACAAUACCUCUUCUCAUCCCGAUGUUUUAACUACAUAAAAGAUUGUUCAAAAAGUUAAAAUGGCA